CCUGAAGCCGGCAGCAUGGAGCCCCUCUUUCAAGCUUCUACACCCAGCUGGAAUGCCUCAGCUGCUUCCAGUGGUAACCACAACUGGUCACUGGUGAGCCCAGUGUCAUCGAUAGGAGCCCAGGCAGUACUAGUGCCCGUUCUCUACCUGCUGGUGUGCACGGUGGGGCUGGGUGGAAAUACACUGGUCAUCUAUGUGGUGCUGCGGCAUGCCAAGAUGAAGACGGUUACUAAUGUGUACAUACUGAACCUGGCUGUAGCUGAUGUCUUGUUUAUGUUGGGGCUUCCCUUCCUGGCUACGCAGAAUGCCGUCUCCUACUGGCCUUUCGGCCCCUUCCUGUGCCGCCUGGUCAUGACGCUGGAUGGCAUCAACCAGUUCACCAGUAUCUUCUGCCUGAUGGUCAUGAGUGUCGAUCGCUACCUGGCUGUGGUCCACCCUCUCCGCUCAGCUCGGUGGCGUCGCCCACGGGUAGCCAAGCUGGCCAGUGCUGCUGUCUGGGUCUUCUCACUGCUCAUGUCUCUGCCACUCUUGGUCUUCGCCGACAUCCAGGAGGGCUGGGGCACCUGCAACCUGAGCUGGCCGGAGCCUGUGCAACUGUGGCGUGCAGCCUUCAUCACCUACACGUCUGUGCUGGGCUUCUUUGGGCCCCUGCUGGUCAUCUGUUUGUGCUACCUGCUCAUCGUGGUGAAGGUGAAGGCGGCAGGUGUGCGCGUGGGCUCCUCCCGGCGACGGCGCUCAGAGCGUAAGGUGACUCGCAUGGUGGUGGUGGUGGUGCUGGUGUUCGUGGGCUGCUGGCUGCCUUUCUUCAUCAUCAACAUCGUCAACCUGGCCUUCACGCUGCCAGAGGAACCCACCUCUGCCGGCCUCUACUUCUUUGUGGUGGUCCUGUCUUAUGCCAACAGCUGUGCCAACCCCCUGCUCUAUGGUUUUCUCUCCGAUAACUUCCGCCAGAGCUUCCGGAAGGUUCUGUGUCUCCGUAGAGGAUAUGGUAUGGAGGAUGCAGAUGCCAUAGAGCCGCGGCCAGAGAAGAGUGGGCGGCCGCAGGCCACACUGCCCACACGCAGCGGCGAGGCCAAUGGGCUCAUGCAAACCAGCAGGCUUUGA